AUGCGAGUCAUGCGGUUACCACCAGUGCUUCGGAACCGCGAUGUCGUGCCUCUCUUAACUGCACUGCUAGAGCAAUGUCAUGGUGAUUUUGACACGUUCUUGUACACCGUCGAAGUGUUGAUUGGCGUUAACGUACUGCGCCCCCUUAUCAACAACCUUAACAACUUCGACCGGCGUACGGAUGCUGCCACCGCCCACACCAAGUUUCAAAUUUCGAUCGACCAACUUGCCUGUCUGUGUGUGAAGAUGCGACUGCCGGAGUUCAUGUGGGCCUUCCCACAUGAACUCCGGACCGCCGGCCCAACCAAAUGA